AUGACACCUGGCUUUACUGGUCAGCCCAGCCCUGGGUCAGACACUGCCUCGUCCCUUCCAGAGAACCAGCAGUUUCUGGCUAACACCUGCUGCUCUGUCCUCCUGCUGCUGCACUACCUGAGGAGUAAGGUGGGGCUCCGGAGAACAGAAACCAUCGACCUGUGCGACGAACAGGGCACCCUCAAGCUGCUCUUCCUGGUCAAGCUCCCCAGCGACAGCGCCAGCAAGUUCCUUUCGCCCCGAGGGACCUAUUACGUGUGCCGGGUGGAGCGUGGAGCCCCAGGGACCAAACAGGAAAACGCCUAUCGCGGCUUCACCCCAAUCCUCAAGGACCCUGAACCAGAGCUGCUGGAUGCCUUGCACACUCAGUGCGAGUUUCUGGAAAAGAGCCGUCUCAAGCUGCUGAAGGCCCAGGAUGGGAAGAAGAUCCAGACCAUGGAGUCGCUGAUUUCCAUUGUGCCCUCUCAGACCUCAGUGAGCUCCAUGCCCCUGGCCUGCUCUGCUGGCUGCCCACUCCCUGGUUCUGGCAGAGGGGACUUGGCCCUCUCUGCUCUGGUCUCUAGGGAAGUACGUGUGAGGGGAGGAAGCGGCUCAGGGAGUGCCAGAAAGGAGGGAGCGUCCAGAAGCUCAGAGACUCCCAGAGUUAGGGUGGGGACCAAAAGCCAGAGACACUAGCUUCCCUUUUCCCCUCCCAUGCUCCCAGCCAGAACUCCUCUAGCCCAAAAGCAGCACCUCAAGCCUGCCCAGUGGGCGCAGGACCCUGCUGGCUCAUGCUCUCUUUGAAUCCCAGGCUACUGGAAGGGGCAGUGCGGAGCAUUCCCUACCCAGCUGCUUCUCUGGGAGGUAGGGGGUUGGGUCAGAUUAGGGCUCAUGUAGGGUUUGGGGUCCACAGCUCAGUCAGGGGCAGUUCAAUCACCCCAGAAACCCUGCAAGCCACACUGGAGAGGUCAGUCACAGGGAGGUUGGACCAGUGUCCUCUUCUGCCGCAGGAUACCCCCCGCCCACGUGCUCCAGGCUCCCAUCUAGCAUCUCUCCCAUUCUCCAGGCUGCAGAACAUCCUGCGUCUUGCACAGCAGUCAGGGCCUGCAGCCCUGGGGGGCGGGGGUAGCCCCAGCACUGCAGACAACACUACUUCCAAAUUCCCUCCCCAUAACCCCAUCUGCCCUCUCUGUCCAGGGAAAGCUCAUGGGGAGGCCUGGUCAGGGGGCAGCUGGAGCUGCCGAUGAAGAGGGUGCCCCACGAAAAGCAGGACCAUCCCCCAAAAUCAAACCAGAGGCCAGCAAGAAGGAGAAACAUCGCUGAGGCUGAAAUAAAAGCGUGGUGGCACUUUCCUUGCA